AUGACCUCCUUCGGACGCUGUGAUGUAUUUGCUGGUUUCUAUUUGAGAGAGGGCAUAUUAGGAGAGUCUGGCAAUGAGGAGAUGGCUGGGGGUUCAUCGGGGUUAGAAGAGGAUGAGACAUUCAUGGGGGAAGAUGGCAGGAAGUAA